AAUAUUUUUCUCUCUCUAGACCGAACCAAACCCUAAAUAAACCCCACCAUACAGCCUUGCCACCUCUAUUGCAUGCCCCUUUUGUUUCAUUUCUCUCAUCCUUAUUCUUCUCUUCCUCUCUUCUUCUCUAAUAAAAACCAAUAUCGAAACAAGAAAUCUUAAGAACCGAUUACCACUGGCCAAGAAACCAGAACAGAGGGCACGCAUACAAGGCUUUUUAAAGUGAGCGGAAAGCAAUUCUAGAAGCAUCUUCAUCAUCCUUCUCUCUUUCAUUUUCUCCUCAUGGCUGUAGAAGCCGGCCAUCUCAAUCUAUUCCCCCCUCAACUCUUAGGCAACAGAGAAAUGAUGAACCAAGUUGAAGCAAAUACAAAUAUCUACAAUACCCAGAUGGGAUAUCGUCUUCCAUUGUCAGGAACUACAUCAACAACAGAAACACUACUUCCUAUCUACAAUUCUGUUAUUACAGAUUCCUUCCCUCAAAAGACACCAAUCAAAUCGGAAAGUGGCCUUUCCUACAAUCAUCUUCCUAUGCAAAGAAAACGCUCAAGAGAGUCCAUUAAUCCUCUUCUCUCGUACCCAACUCCACAGCCUAACAAGACUGCCUCUCCUCUCUCAUUUCUAGGCCAAGACAUCUCUCUACAGAUCCAGCAACAGCAACUAGACAUCGACCACCUUAUUUCUCAACAUAUGGAGAAAGUGAGGAUGGAGUUAGAAGAUAAGAGAAAGAGGCAAGCGAGAAGGAUAAUCGAGGCGAUAGAGGAAGGGAUGCUAAAGAGGCUAAGGGCAAAAGAGGAAGAAAUCGAAAAGAUUGGUAAAUUAAAUUGGGCGCUAGAGGAGAGAGUUAAGUCUUUAUGCAUAGAGAAUCAAAUAUGGCGAGACUUGGCACAAACUAACGAGGCUACAGCCAAUGCUCUAAGGACCAACCUUGAACAAGUCCUUGCAGCGCAGGUUAAGGAAGAGCGCACCCGUUGCGCAGGAUUAGACGAAGCAGCAGCAGCAGCAGAAAUGGACGACGCCCAAUCAUGCUGCGGCAGCAGCGAUGAAGGGGAAGAGGAAGGGGAAAAAAGAAGACUAUCAGAGAGGUGCACUUUAGCAAGUAGAGCACACGACAAGGACACGGGUUCAAGUAGUAGGAUGUGCAGAAAGUGUAGGAAAGAGGAGUCGUGUGUGUUGCUAUUGCCGUGCAGGCAUCUUUGCUUGUGUACUGUUUGCGGGUCUAGUCUCAAUACUUGCCCAAUCUGUAAAGCCACCAAAAAUGCCAGUUUCCAUGUUAACAUGUCAUGAAAAGUUUACAUCCCAAGAAAAAAAAAACCCAGUAAACAUAAGUUGAAGAAACAAAAAUAUGUCCAUUUUCUAUCUCUUCUUCUGAAUUUCAGUUAGAAUGAUUCUUUCA